ACUCCACAUUUCUAAUUCUCCUAAUCCCGCCCCUGUUUCCCCAUUUCCUUAACAAACUGUUUUCUUGCCCCUAACCUCGACAGAUAUCAUCUAGAGCAAACCAGAAAGUGGUAGUUCAUCCAUUAGUGCUUAGCAUCGUCGAUCACUUCAAUCGUGUUGCGCGCGACACUAAGAACCGUGUUGUCGGUGUUUUGCUUGGAAGUUCCGCCAAGGGUACUGUUGAUAUUACUAAUAGCUAUGCAGGAAUCACAUAAAGAGCCCCAAAUUUCAGUAGCUUUAGAGGAUUGCUUGAAUCUACUUAAAGGAGACAAAGACGAGCAGCAUCUUGCCGGACUUCUCUUGGUCACUAAGCACAUCAACAAGGUUGAUCAUGAUUCCAUUUUGAAAGUGUAUAGUGCUGUUGGUGUCAAAUUUCUUGACCGCCUCUUGCGCACUGGGAUGGGUAAUGAAAAUAUAGCUGGUAGCAGGAAUGACAAUUGUGAUGCAUAUUUGCAACUGUCUAUCACAGUCCUAGCAGCCUUUUGCCGAGUUCCAGAAAUAGCGGCAUCUGCGGAUAUGGUAUCAAAGAUUCCUUUGGUGCUGCAAGUGAUGGAGAAAGAAUCAACUUCUUCUCUUUUGGAAGAUUGUUAUGAAAUAUUGAUUUUCACUUCAUCGGUCUCUGAAAAUGGAGUUACUGCUUUCAUUGACUCUGGAGGCUUGAAAUUGCUUUCUAAUCACAUUUCUUCUCCGCCAGAUGGGACUGAACUAUUGGAGGCUUCUUUGAGACUUUUCCAGCUCAUCUUAAGCAAAUUUUCAAUGGAUGCUAUAAUGAAAAAUUAUUUAUCAGAAAUUUCAACUAUGGUUGUAUCUUUAGCCAGGCAGUUUGGUUUAUUACAAAAUGCUCUGAAAUUCGACUUGCUUCAGCUGCUUUGUGUUAUCCUUACAUCGGAUCAUUUGGUUCUUUUGAAGAAAUCCCUCCAAGAAAUGUCUAAUAAUACAUGGUCCGCUUAUGUGCGUGCUGGUGUCAUUGAUAUCUUACAGAACCGUGUUGUCGAAAGAGAUCCAGAUAAGAAGAUUCAAGCUCUUACUGUGGCCGAGGCAAUGCUAGCUAUGCUAGGAGAAACAUGGCUGAUUAGUCACUUGAAUAUUCCAGAAAUGCACAAUUCCUUUCCAUCAGACAGGUGUUUAUUACUUGUUCUAGAGUCAGCAAGAGUUGAAAUUUCUGUUCUACUCAAUGAGCUGGCAUACAUAAAAUAUGAAGCAGCUUCAUCAAAGUCUAUUGCAAUCCCUUUAAAGAGACGCAAUUUAGCCGUUGUGUUUUCUUUGGUUGAAGAUAUUAUCAAACUCAUCUCGAAUCUUAGUGAAGAUGAAGGGGGUAUUAUUAGUGAAAGCACUUUUACAAAGGUCAUAUCUGGGCUUAAUGAAACAGUUGAAGUUGUCCUUGAGUAUCUAAAGGAUGCAAAGGAACAUGGACAAAAGAAGGGAGAUGAUCUUCUUGCUUCAGUACGAUUUGUUGGAAGUUAUCUGGCAGAGGCCCCGCUUGCUUGCAAAGAGCUGGUCAAGGAGCUUCUUCAAUAUUUGCUGUCAGUUGAAGGUGAAACUGAGUCAAGUCCUUUUCUUUCUAGAUGCUUUUUGCUUCCCUUGCUUUGCCAAGCAACAAUGACGGUUGAAGGAGCUAAGGCUUUGGCGUUUACUGGAUCUUAUAAAGCUCUAUGUUACUCGGAUCAUGGGACGAAUGACCGAUCUGUGAUCUGGAACGUUGGACGCAAAUCACGAAUUGCACACGACCCAAAACGAUGUGGGUCGCGAUUUUGUUUGCUAACAUCAACGUUCCUUGUUAUAUUUGCUCUAUUGAUCAAUGUAAGGGGGAAAACAGGAAAGAAAAAAACAACUCUAUCUGCAAAGUUAGGAGAGAAUAAAGAUGUGAAAGAAGGGAGAACAGAGAUGAAGAAGGGGAAGGAGACAAUCAGCCCUAACUUCCCCGGAUCAUUGCAAACAGAAGAGAGAAAAUAGAUCUUGUGGCUAUUGGCUACCACAUGCCGCUUGCUACCUAUGUUUCAUUCAUGAAUUUGUUGUUUUUAUAUAAGUAAUUUAGAAUAGAAACCCUACAUUAAAUGGGUUGGCCCAAAUCUUUUCAUUUUUCUUUUACUUUUUCUAUUUUUAAAAGUUAAUUCUUUUUCUUUUUCUUUAUUUGACAGAUGAUUACGUUAAUUGAGGAUGUUUGCCUAUUUCUUUUUUCUUUUCUAAUAUUUAUCCUCUUAUUUUUUACUGUUUCCUUUUAACUCUUAUAUAAUUUUAAUUCUAAAAGUAGAAUGUCAAUGAACUAACCGUACCCCCUUCAUUCUAGAGUCUCUUUAAGUAGCGUUCUGCGUUCCCGUUCCCGUCCCAUAUUCCUAACUGUAUUGUGUUCCAGAUAACAUAGGUCUGUUGGACUCUAUGCAUCAGAUGGGAAGGCACAUUGUUAAAGAUAACCCUGAUUUAGAUUUCAUUUGGGUUCAUAAUGCUGGCCCCGAUCUUGGGUGGUGUUGCACAAUUGUUAAGAUUUAGAAUAUAGUAAUCCAGUGAUCUUAUUUAGAUUUCAAGUCAACCACUAAAGUUGCAAUAGGAACUCAAAAUAUUGUGGCUAUUUUAAUGACUCAUAAAUAUAUAAAGUGUUCUGAAAUCAUUUUUUGUCAGAUAUCAGAUGUAUCUUUUCCAAAAACAAUAGCUCUUUAUUUAUAGAGUAAACUUAAGUUUAUUAACCAAGUUUCACUACCACCAUGAUCUCAUGUUCCUAUAAGCAAGGAUCAACGAUCAGAGAGUGGAGGGAAUCAUUGCUGCUUAUUGACUUAAAAAUUGAAUGCAGAAGAACAUAUUCACAGCAAGCGAUAUUAUGUUUUCUUGAUUUUCUCAAAAUUACUCUGAAUAUCGCAUGUAGAAUUUAUGAAUAUUUUAAUAUUUAGUUAGAAUAUUCCUAUUUACUGCCAAUGUUGUAGGAAAACGUUUUUAGAUUGUAUGCCAUAAUAUGCUUUUUUCCUUCUUAAUAAACUAAAGUAACUAACAUGUACAAAAUACCUUGGAACUAAACUCAUAAUUCCUUUAGACAUUAGCAUGUAAUGUAUAUUCCUUAGCACACUUCUAGUUUCUGCUUAGUAAUUUGCAAGGCUUUAUACAGGAACAUUAUCCAAAUUCCUUCUCUGCACAGGUUCCUCCAUAUAAUCACACAACUAGAAAACUCUUGUUAAUGUGAUGAGUCUUUCUCAUGUUAUGUGAAGACCUUCAAUCUCUAAUGGAGUGUCAAGCGCUAAGUCAAUUAUAGAAAGUGAGAGAAAGAGAAGUCUGGACUCUGGAGAGUUGCAUGAGGCAAGCAAUUUGCAAUCUAAAAAUUAUAGUUAUGAGCUAGUAUUUGUGACCCCCUUAUUAAAGCUAAGUUCUAAAUUCAUUGGAUUUGGUUGCAUUACAAAUUCAAAUUCUUUUGGUUUUCCAAACUAAGGAAUUUAGCAAACUUUUCUUGUAAUGUGACAACUCUGCUUGGGUGGGCGUAAUGUGUUGUAUUUGUCUAAAUCUACUUAUUUAUGGUAGCAAUUCACAUGUACAUCUUCGGCCAAAACAUAUUUUCCCUUUUUUUAUUAAUUUUUUUCUUGUUCCUUGUCCAUCUGUUUUGUGAAUAUUUUUGAUUGGAAGUCUAUUUCUUGUUGUCCAUUCUAUAUUGCAAGCCAGCUAAUUAUAAUUCUGUCG